CGUCUUCGCCAUCUCCCUCGGAAAACUGUCCUAGUGUCCUCUCUCUCUCUCUCUCUCUCUCUCUCUCUCUCGUUAUUAUUUGUUACGUUUUUGGCAUUCUGUUGUUGGGUCUCUCAUUCUCGGUUCCUCUCAAUGGCGCCGAGUCUCAGAGACCUUCAGCUCACAGCGGUCUCCGGUGACCGGAGACCGGAGACCGUAGCUGCUGCCAACGAUUUCCCAGACCUAGAAGAUGUCCGGUUGUUGGAUUCUUAUGAGGAAGAAGAGAGGGAGAAGAUGGAAUCUAUAGAGGAGGGGAUGAAGAGAAUUCAGGUCAGAGUAACCGGUAUGACUUGCGCUGCAUGUUCGAAUUCUGUCGAGUCGGCUCUCACCGGAAUCCAUGGUGUUGUUCGGGCGUCGGUGGCGUUACUUCAGAACAAGGCGGAUGUGGUCUUUGAUCCGAAUUUUGUCAAGGAUGAAGACAUCAAGAAUGCCAUUGAAGAUGCUGGUUUUGAGGCUGAGAUCCUGCUGGAUUCCAAUAUAUCCCAAAUAAAAUCACAGAAAACUCUGGUGGGACAGUUCAGGAUCGGAGGUAUGACAUGUGCAGCAUGUGUAAAUUCUGUUGAAGGUAUUUUGAGAAACCUUCCUGGUGUCAAACGAGCAGUUGUUGCCUUGGCUACUUCAUUAGGUGAAGUUGAGUAUGAUCCUAAUGUCAUAAGCAAGGAUGAAAUAGUUAAUGCAAUUGAAGAUGCCGGUUUUGAAGGUGCACUUGUGCAGAGCAAUGCACAGGAUAAGAUCUUAUUAGGGGUGAUUGGGUUGUCCAAUGAGAUGGAUGCAAAUAUUUUAAAUGAUAUACUCAGGAACUUGAAAGGGGUUAGGCAAUUUGAAUUUGACAAGACUCUUCCACAAAUAGAAGUUCUCUUUGAUCCUGAAGUCAUAAGUUCAAGAUCCAUAGUUGAUGCGAUUGAGAAAGGAAGCAAUGGUAAAUUUAAAAUAAAUGUCCAGAAUCCAUACACAGCAAGAUCUUCGAAUGGUAUAGACGAAUCCUCAAACAUGUUAUGGCUUUUCACCUCUAGUCUGAUUCUCAGUUUCCCUCUUUUCCUUAUAGGGGUAGUUUGUCCACACAUACCCUUCAUGUACUCUUUAUUGCUUAUGCGAUGUGGACCCUUCCUUAUGAGUGAUUGGUUGAAAUGGGCAUUGGUGAGUAUUAUUCAAUUUGUUAUUGGUAAGCGAUUCUAUGUAGCAGCUGGUAGAGCACUGCGGAAUAGGUCAACAAACAUGGAUGUUUUGGUUGCAUUAGGAACUUCAGCUUCCUACUUUUAUUCUGUCUAUGCACUUCUAUAUGGUGCCUUUACUGGGUUCUGGUCUCCUAUAUAUUUUGAGACAAGUGCCAUGCUAAUUACAUUUGUGCUAUUGGGAAAGUACUUGGAAAUUCUUGCGAAAGGGAAGACAUCAGAUGCAAUCAAGAAGCUAGUAGAGCUUGCACCUGCAAAAGCUCUGUUGCUUGUCAAAGAUGCAGGAGGAAAGUUUGUUGAGGAAAGGGUGAUAGAUUCUUUACUAAUUCAUCCAGGUGAUACAUUAAAAGUUCUUCCUGGUUCAAAGAUUCCUGCUGAUGGUGUUGUUACAUGGGGUUCAAGUUAUGUUGACGAAAGUAUGGUAACUGGUGAAUCUGAACCAAUUUCGAAGGAGGUUAAUUCUCUGGUUAUAGGAGGUACCAUGAAUUUUCAUGGUGUUCUUCACAUACAAGCCACAAAAGUGGGGUCUAAUACUGUUUUGAGCCAGAUAAUUUCUCUCGUUGAGACAGCACAAAUGUCUAAAGCUCCUAUUCAGAAGUUUGCUGAUUUUGUUGCAAGCAUUUUUGUGCCAACAGUUGUUUGCAUGGCAUUGAUAACAUUUCUGGGUUGGUAUGUCAGUGGAGAACUUGGAGCAUACCCAGAAGAAUGGCGACCUGAAAACAGCAACUCUUUUGUUUUUGCUCUUAUGUUCUCUAUAUCAGUUGUGGUGAUUGCUUGCCCUUGUGCUCUUGGCUUGGCAACACCAACUGCUAUUAUGGUCGCUACAGGGGUUGGGGCCAACAAUGGUGUCCUUAUAAAAGGAGGGGAUGCAUUGGAAAGGGCCCAGAAGGUUAAAUACUUGCUGUUUGACAAAACAGGUACUCUUACUCAGGGAAAACCUACAGUUACCGCAGUGAAAACUUUCAAUGGAAUGGAGCGUGGAGACUUCCUCACCUUGGUUGCUUCUGCAGAGGCCAGCAGUGAACACCCAUUGGCCAGAGCAUUGGUGGACUAUGCCCAACAUUUCCAUUUCUUCAAUGAUCCAUCUGCUGUCAAGGAUGCUCAGAACCACAAAACAGAGUCUACAUUCUCUGGAUGGCUUCUUGAUGUCAUGGAUUUUUCUGCUUUGCCCGGGAGAGGUGUGCAAUGUUCUAUAAAUGGAAAAACUGUUUUGGUUGGCAACCGGAAAUUGUUGAACGAAAAAGAGAUCACCAUACCAACUGAAGCUGAAAAUUUCUUGGUGGGAUUAGAAGAAAGUGCAAAAACAGCGAUACUUGUGGCAUUUGACAACAAUGUUAUUGGAGCUAUAGGACUAGCAGAUCCUCUUAAAAGAGAAGCAGCUAUUGUUGUAGAGAGCCUGACGAACAUGGGUGUCAAACCAGUCAUGGUAACAGGGGAUAACUGGAGGACAGCAAGGGCCGUUGCUAAUGAGGUUGGCAUUGAUGAUGUGAGAGCAGAGGUAAUGCCAUCAGGGAAAGUUGAUGUUAUACGUUCAUUUCAGAAAAACAAAAGUGUGGUUGCAAUGGUGGGUGAUGGCAUCAAUGACUCCCCUGCCUUGGCAGCUGCUGACGUCGGAAUAGCAAUUGGGGCAGGAACCGAUGUUGCCAUAGAAGCUGCUGAUUAUGUGUUGAUGAGGAACAACUUGGAAGAUGUCAUUGUAGCCAUCGAUCUCUCACGGAAGACAUUUUCCCGUAUCAGAUGGAAUUAUGUGUUUGCCAUGGCUUACAAUAUCAUUGCCAUUCCAGUUGCAGCAGGCGUUUUCUUCCCAAUUUUGAGAUUAAAAUUACCUCCUUGGGUGGCUGGUGCAUGUAUGGCUCUCUCAUCUGUAAGUGUCGUGUGCUCUUCUUUGCUUUUGAGAAGAUACAAAAGACCUAGGCUUACCACUAUACUGGGUAUUACUGUAGAGUAAAAACAAGUGCCUACUUGGUAGGAAGAAUGUAGGAAUGGGAUGAAAUGGAUGUAAAUUUAUUCCAUAUCCCUGUUUUGUUGUCUCAUAUGUUCAAUGUGCUCAAACACUAUGAGGGUGAAUCUGCACCACCAAUUCAAUGUAAAUCACACAUGUUGUAUCUGUUAUCAUUUUUUAGGCUC